AUGGAGUGGAUCGAUGCGGAGCGUGGACUGCUCUCGGUCGCCUUGCAGCCGUGCCAGCUCUGCGCCGACGCACUCGUCGACACCCGAGGUCUCUGCAAUGCGCUCUGCCCCGCCCGCGUCUGCACAAGCUGCCUCGCACAGUACAUCGCUGCCGCCUGUGCCUCCAGUGACGUUGUCGCCAACGUCGCCUGUCCGAUUUGCAUCUUGCCCAUGCCGCUGCCAGCGUGGAAGGCGCGGCUUCCAACUGACGUCUUUGCGGCGCUCGGGGCGAAGCUCGGCGCAUCCUGCGCCAGUUUUUGCCCGACGUGCUCCGGGGAGCUCCCCCGCGCCUGCGUCACGGUAGCCACCACGUGGAGCGCGGUGCUGAGCGACCGAUACGAUGCGCUCCACGCCGAGUGCUUGGCCUUUGACGCCGGUGAGCGCACAGCGGCCGAGCUCCUUUCGUUUCUCACCAACGUCUUUGGACCGUUUGCGCGCAAGAUUGUGCCCGCCAUGUACCAGUGGAUGGCGACGAACCACAGACUCUACGCAUUUGUGGCCACGCGCCAGCGGCACCGAGGACCGACCGCGUGGUAUCCGUGCUGCCUCACGAUCGAGUCAUCGACGGACGCUGCGCCGACAACGGCCGAGGUGGUGACGCCAGGGCGCUGGCCGCGGGCGCUCAAGGCGUGGUCUCGACAGCACAAGCGCAACAAGCUUGUGGUUGUGGACAACGAGGCGUCAUAA